CUUUCAUUUCCCGAAUCCAAUUGCACAUACUCGCGUUCCGAUUUUUUACUUCGGUAAUUUUUUCUGCAUAAUUAUUGGAGAUAUACAGUGAUGGUGGUUACAAUUUAGUGGUGAUUGGAACCAUGGGAAAAUUGCCAGCGCCGGUGAACGGUGGUGGCGCCGUGCUUAAGAGAAAGACACCUUCAGAACUUCGGGGAGAGCAGUUGAAGAGGGGAAGUGCUGUCACUGAUAAAUCUUCACUCCCAUUGAGUGAUACUACAAAAUUUCAGAGAUUUUGGUUGAUUUAUGUUUGCAGCACCAAUCAGAUGGAUAAUGUGGAUAAGAGACCAGGGCUGUUGAGGAGCCCAAAAUACACCAACAAGCGUGUUGAUGAAGUAUUUCCUGCCAGAAAGUCCAGGUUUGGAGUUGUUUCUGGAAAAGAAAAUGCAAAGGAAAAUCCAUCUUUGGAGAAAACUACUACUAGUAACUUGAAGAAUGUUUUGGUUUUUUCUACUUCAGCUGCCAAGAGACAGCAAGGGAGUUCAUGCAUGGAGAAUCCUGCUACUUCAGGUGAAGUUAACAAGGAUGGUAUAUUGCAAGCUUGUCAAACAACUGCCGAGUGUAGCCAAGCCAAUUUUCGAAGUGUUUCUGAGCUUUCACCAGCUGCUGAUAAAUCUUCUGGAUUGACUGCAGUUGAUGUGGGCAAAGCAUUAAGAGGUCUGGCUGCACCAAAGCCAUGUGCCCGGAAUGGUUUAGCUGCUGACUCAACUGAAAGAUGUGGGGAUAUGAUAUCAAGCUUUGCAGCCAAUUCCAUAUCCGAAUACCAUGUUCCCGGCCGGAAGGCUCCUCUGGAUCUUACUUUAAAGACCAGUAUGCGGGUGAUAUCAUCCUCUUCUUUGAAUUGGGUCCAUAGGUCACUUACACAUCAUAUCAAGCCCAAAUUCUCCUUCCAGCAAUGUACUAAAACAGGUCAAAAUGUGAGAGGCUCCCAGGGCUUCAAGGUUUUGCACUCAUGGAUGUAUCCUCAAUCCAUCCUGCCACCAUCUCUCACAUCAGUGCUAAGCUCAUCAACAGCAGAUGCAGAAUUGGAGUUCUUAAGGAAACGACAAGUUGCUUGGGAAGAAUCAUUCCAGGACCUCUAUUACAUGCUUCGAAAUAACACUUGUGGCAUCUUUUAUGUUUGCACUUCUCAGUUUGUCGUCAUGUUUACUGGUGGUGACAGCUCUGGGAGUCCCAAAUGCUUCUGCAAUGCUUAUAUUUCUCGGUCAACCAGGGGUUUGAGAUCACUGUUAAGAGAAAACGAUGUUUAUUUCUCAAUGCCUCUUUGCCAUUCUAAAGUGGAGCAAGUUACUACAGAGUAUUUGGUUGAGCUGUCAGAGAUAGAGAAACAUAAUCUGGGGCAGACUCGACGAUUAAGGUCUUACUCUGAAGUCGAUAAUAGCCCACAAUCUUUUCUGAUUUUCAAUGGCAACAAGAAUGUACAUGGUUUGUAUGAUCUCUUGCUAAAUUACAGAUCUUUCUUUACCUCGCUACUAUCCAGUACCGAUGUACCUUUGUUGUGCUCUCCUGCACCAUUUCGAAAUGCUGCAUUUUCUUCUCCUGAUAUUAAAUGCAUGGAGAUGAGAAAAGCUGAGCAUAUUGCCACCUCUUAUGAUCGUUCUACUUUGGAAAACGGUGAAUUUGCACAGGGUUCAUCCGAUAGCCUUUGUUGUAGCAUUGAAAUAAAAGAUACAAUUCUUCCACCAUGGAUUAUUUGUGGUGCAUGUGCCUUGCUGGCUUCUGAAGGAAGAAACUUUGAGGCAAGUUUUGUCAUGGAACCUAGCUCAGUUGGUUUGAACAUUGCCUUAGAAUCAACUAGCGAGAAGCCAGAAUCCGAAGCUGGUCGUAGCGAAAGCUUGCAAAGCCACAGCAGUACAUUUGGAAUUCCAGAAGCUAUCGUCGCCCCUUGCUUGAAAUCGUGUUCAGUAAAAGGCUUAAAGUACUGUGAUGACUCUUAUACAGCUUCUCUAUCACCUGUGUGAUCAUGACCAAUGAUCAUCAAUGAAUUUUCCUCAUAUUGCUGAGUAGUUUAUAUAUUUCAAGGCUCUUUCCGCUUACCCUAAAGAAAAUUAAUGAAGUGAAGAAUUCUCUUCUUGUAUUUCAAAAUCAAA